UUCGCAUAAGUGGAUGCAAGGACGUAUUGCAUUGCCUCGCCUUUCACUUUUCAGUCUCAUCUAUCGCUAUCGUCGAUAAAUCGAGAUUGUUCUUGCAAAAGUAUUAUGUACGUGCGUACAUAUGUAUGUAUGUAUGUAUGUAUGUAAGUAAAUAGUUUGCUGUCUACAUGUAUAGAUGAUCAUAGAAGUAGGUAUCUAAUAAGAAUUGUGUAGGACAAAGGUUACGGCCUUUGCAUCUUCUAUUGACUGAUACGACUGAUAGAUCGAAAAAAGAAUAAAAUUCAAGGAUGUGUUACAAUCAACGAUGCGCUAUUGUAACAGUAAAGUACAUAUGUACAUGUAUGUUGGAAGGUAGAUGGAAAAUCGUUGAAAACAUUGGAAGGGCAAGAGGGGCUAAUAAAAGAAAUAUCAACUUGCUACGUGGAAUCGUGAAAGUGAUGCUACCCCUCUCUACCUAUGAAUUGGGAUAGGUUACCAAUCUGGACACAGAAUACUUAUUCUGUGGCCUUGACAAGACACCUGUUGCUUGACACGUUUUAGACACAUCGCAUCUAUGAGUUGGGAUAGGUUACCAGACCCGACGAGAUACCUGUUGCUCCAGGCGUCUUAAGCACACUCUCUCCGAUGUACCGUUAUAAAACUGUAACGCGAACACGUAUCGCAAAGCUUGCCGAUAAAGUUCCUGAUAACGUUAUUACGAUAAGUUGACACUUCGCCGGGAACGUGGUUGUAGUACUGUCAAAUUGAGAAACAAACGCAGACAUGGAAGUUUUACGGCGAAAUCUUGCCGCUUUUGGCCAAGAACAUCUGUUACAAUUUUGGGACCAAUUAUCAGAGAAGGAAAGAGACGAACUUCGCCAAGACAUAACGGAAUUGAAUCUUGAGGAAGUCACUCUGUGUUACGAGAGAGCUAUGCAUGUUUCCUCUUCUAUGCAAAGAGGUUCAUUGGAUGAUAAGGUGUCCCCUAUUCCUAAGGAAAGAAUUGGCUCUGUUAAGACAACAAGUGGAGAACAAAUAAAAAUAUAUGAGAAAUUAGGGCUGCAAGAAAUUGCAAAUGGUAAAGUAGCAGUGGUGUUAAUGGCAGGGGGUCAAGGUACUCGAUUAGGAGUUUCUUACCCUAAAGGGAUGUAUGAUGUUGGAUUACCCUCUGGUAAAACUCUCUUUCAAUUGCAAGCAGAAAGAAUCAUUCGUUUGGAAAAUAUAGCAGAGGCAGAAUAUGGACAACGAGGAGAGAUUACUUGGUACAUAUUAACCAGCGAAGCCACUCAUGACACUACUCUUGAGUUUCUGCGUGAACAUAAUUAUUUCAACUUAAAAGAGAAUAAUGUGAAGGCCUUCAAGCAGGGCAUGAUGCCGUGUUUCACUUUUGAGGGAAAAAUCAUUUUAAAUGAGAAACAUAAAAUCUCAAAAGCACCAGAUGGUAAUGGAGGAUUGUAUCAAGCACUAAAAGUCCAAGGAAUAUUAGAUGAUAUGUUACAACGCGGAAUACGCAGUGUCCACGUUCAUUCGGUAGAUAACAUCCUGAUAAAGGUAGCCGAUCCUAUCUUCUUAGGAUAUUGUUUAUCAUCGUAUACGGAUUGUGGAGUCAAGGUGAUAGAAAAAUCAUCGCCAAGCGAAGCGGUAGGAGUUGUGUGUAAAGUAGACGAUAGUUACCAGGUUGUUGAGUACAGUGAAAUUUCAAAAGAAACAACUGAAUUACGUUACAACAAUGGAACGUUGGUUUAUAAUGCUGCAAACAUAUGUAACCACUACUUUACUGUAGAUUUUUUGUCUGCGAUUGGCGACAACUAUGAAAAAGAGAUGCAACUGCAUAUUGCCAAAAAGAAGAUUCCAUAUGUAGAUGCAAAUGGACAGAAACAAAGUCCUACAGCUCCAAAUGGUAUUAAAAUAGAAAAAUUUGUGUUCGACGUAUUCAAAUUUGCAGAACGUCUAGCAGUUUGGGAGGGUAAUCGCCAGGAAGACUUUAGUCCUCUUAAAAAUGCUGAUUCGAGUGGUCAAGAUUGUCCAAGUACUGCUCGUAAUGAUUUGCUCGAACUUCAUAGAAAGUGGUUGCUAAAUGCAGGAGCAAUAAGUGUAACAAACGAUAUAGAAGUAUCUCCUUUGUUAUCUUAUGCUGGAGAAAAUCUAAAUCACGUUAAAGGUCAAUCAUUCGAAGGUCCUUGUGUUUUGGAGUAGCACAACCAGAUAUCGCUAAAACUUUUUAUAUCAACAACAACAGUACAUAUUUUUAUAUACAAUUAUAAAAUCAUAAUCCAUAAUAUAGAUACAUUGCUUAAUAUUCCAUGCUUUAAUAAUAAAGUUUAAACAGCAUACAUUUUUAAUGAUUCUAUAAAAACUUUAUCCCAGUGAUAUAUACAUAUAAGAGCAUUAGGAUAGAUAUACCCACUCAUAUACAUAUAUAGUCGUGUACAUAUAUAUUGACAUGGAAUAAAUUAAUUAUAGAAUUUAAA